AUGGCCGUCAAGUACGAUCUGACACAGACCCUUCUGCCCUACCUGGACCGACACUUGGGUCUACCUCUUCUUUCGCAUCUCGCUGGAUCUGGCAUUUUCUCCGAGACCGACAUCGCAAAGGCCCAGUAUGAGCUCGCAAAGAACACCUCCAUGGUCGACUAUGCGCUCCAGCUUUACGAGCAGGCCUAUCCCAACCAGCCUGCGCCUGCUGAGAUCGAAAAGCAGCGAGAGAACGCCAUUGCCCUGAACGAUAAGCUCGGAUCGGAAGUCGAUCACGUGCUCGAGGUCAUCCAGGACCCCAGCGUCGCCUCUGCGCUAAAGCAGGACAAGGCACAGAACUUGCAAUGGCUCGAGGAAAAGUACAACCUCACCAGCGAGCAGAUUAAUGCCCUUUACCGAUAUGGAUACUUCCAGUUCAGCUGCGGUAACUACGGAGAUGCUUCCUCGUACCUCUACCACUUCCGUGUCCUCUCCACUGACCCUGUGCUGACCAUGAGCUCGCACUGGGGUAAGCUCGCGAGCGAUAUUCUGGUUGGUGAAUGGGAGCAGGCUCUCAGCGAGCUUAAGCUAUUGCGAGAGCAGCUGGACUCUUCCGCCGCCCACGUCACUGCCUCGUACGCCCAACCCUCGACCUCCAACGGCAGCUCUCAAAACGACGACUUGACGCAGGAAGGCCUCUUGAAGAAGCGCGCAUGGUUGCUUCACUGGGCUCUUUUCAUCUUUUUCAAUCACCCUGGAGGUCGAGAACAGUUGGUCGAGAUGUUCCUUUCGCCCGUCUACCUCAACACUAUCCAGACCACCUGCUGGUGGUUGCUCCGAUACGUCGUUGCCGCCCUCUUGCUUUCGCGACGAACAACGCGCGUCUACUUGGUGCAGCAGCCUGCUCCUGCUACGCUCAUGGCCUCUGUCUCGGGCGCAAACGUCAACAAGUUGAGCCCACAGCAGGCUAUCAAGGACAUUGUCAACAUUAUCGACUCGGAGUCGUACCGAAUUGCCGGAACUGACCCCAUUGUCGAUUUCCUUUCCAAGCUCUUUGUCGACUUUGACUUUGAAGCCGCGCAAGAGCAGCUCACGCUCGCAGAGCAGGUGGCCUCCAAGGACUUCUUCCUCGCCGAUUUCAAGGAUGAAUUGGUCGAGGCCUGCCGUGUUGUCAUCUCGGAAGCUUACUGCCGGAUCCACUCCAAGGUCGACAUCGCUGACCUUGUCAAGCGACUCAACCUUUCUAAGGAGGACGGUGAGAAGUGGAUCGUCAACCUCGUGCGCGAUACGCGUGCCGAUGCUAAGAUCGACUUCAAGGAGGGCAUGGUGUUCAUGAACCCGACUCACCCUCCUGUUUAUCAAACCAUCAUCGAAAAGACCCGAGGCUUCACCUUCCGAACUUCAGCCAUGGGCACGGCAAUCGACCGCAAGGCGCACCCACCUUCGCUCAACAACACACAUAACCUUAAUGGUAACGACAAGCGUGGCAAUGCCGGCGGCCGUGGCGGUCGUGGUGGCCAACGCAACCAGGGUGGCCAGCGAGAUCGCUCGCACGCCCACAAUAACGAGGCUAAGCGUGAAGGCGAGUCGGCCUCUGCCGAAGAGGCGCAGCAGCAGCAACCAGCACAGGCCAUUGCUGCCAACUAA